AUGGAGAAUGAAGAAGCCUCUUUUUGUUUGAAGCCAGUGAUUAUGAUGGUUGUGACCCAAAUUUCAUAUUCUGUGAUGAACAUAUUGUACAAACUGGUUGCAGUUUCCGGCAUGAACUUGAUUGUUUUCGUUGCCUACCGCCUGAUGUUUUCAGCUGCCUUUUUGGUUCCGUUGGCUCUAAUACAGAAGAGCAGGCUAAAACUCACUUGGACUGUGUUGUUUGAAGCUUUUAUCAUCGGCUUAUUUGGGGGAACCAUGACACAGAUUUUAUACAUGCAAUGUCUUGCACUGACAUCACCCACAUUUGUUUCAGCCAUGCUCAAUCUUCUGCCGGGCAUCACCUUCGUGAUAGCUCUAUGUUUUAGGUUGGAGAAGUUGAAUUUUGGAUCCAAAUCCUAUUCUAGCAUAGCCAAAAUCGUCGGGACUGUUAUGGGGAUAGGAGGGGCAAUGCUUUCUACUUUCUACCGAGGGCCUGUAUUUACCGUCUGGUCGACUCAUAUUGACCUUCAGAACAGUAGUAGCGUGCCAUUGUCACCCCACAGGAGCAGUCCUGUGUUGGGAUUCUUGGCUGGCCUCGGAUCCUCGGUUUGCUUCGCAACAUGGCUCAUAGUUCAGGCAAAGAUGAGCAAGAUAUAUCCGUGUCCUUACUCAAGCACAGCGCUGAUGUCUUGCAUGGGAUCUAUUCAGUCUGUGAUUUUGGCGAUUUGCCUGGAGAGGGAUUGGAAUCAAUGGAAGCUUGGGAAUUGUGGUUUCGGGACUGGCAGCGGUUAUGAUGUCUUGGUGUGUACAAAAGCGAGGACCGUUGUUUGUGGCAGUUUUCUAUCCGCUUACGCUUUUGAUGGUGGCAAUUGCUGGUUCCUUGUUCUUGGAGGAAAAGUUCACCCUCGGACGGCAAUGUAUCAGGAGGAGUUCUAA